UCCAUUUACUUCUGAAGAACAAUAUUUUGAAGGCAAGAAGGUUCCUCAAGGGUUCUAUUAAGAACCGUGUUCUUCCACAGGAUUCUUUUGGGAAGAAAGAGUUCUUUAAGGAUUGUUGAAAGUAUGGGUGUUGAAAGAUCCUCACCCUGUUUACCCAUGUUUUAAAUGAUGAGGAUCUAGAUGGAUUUCUAUAUGAAAGCCUUGUAAUAUAUAUAUAAAGGGGUUUUCAGUAGAACCCCCUGGGUGGGUUCUUGUUAGCAUCCUAAGUAGGAGGAAAAGUUCUGGAUAGAACUCCCAGAGAGGGUUCUGGCCACGAUCGUUAUACCAUAGAGUAAUUUGGCUUUGGAGUAGUGAUGAAGACAGAUCAGGGAGAGCUCAAAGGGACCAGCAGCCAACCUUGUAUAAUUCCUCUGGAUUGUUUGUUGCUUUGAGGGGAACAACUGAAGCCCCCAACCAGGAGUGAUGAACACAGGAAAUUUCAGGUCAAGUGUUUUAUUAAUUCUACUGCAUCACAGUUUGCAGUGUUAGCAUACACAGCAGUAUCAGGGUUAGGGUUUUACAUUUACAUUUACACACCAAAGAUGUAACAGUGUAGUUUUUUAGUGAGUUUAAGUGAGUGUUGAUCACAUCAUUAUCACAAGUUUAUGUUUUCUAUAUUAUUUGUCUCUCCUCAGUACCAUCAUACCCUGUUCCUUUGUGUCCUGCUUGCAAAUCAGCGCCUUGGAUUUGUAGCUAUGACCUUGAGCUGUGUUUCUUUGAGUCAGAAACAGUGUUUGUAGUCUUCUUUGCAUGGAAAAUUAUCUUUGAAAAGCACAAACAACAUAUAUGAAAUCCAUGACACAAUUCAUACGGGACCAGAAAUUAUUAUUUUUUUAUCUCUCCGCUGACUCUCAUUCGUAAUAAUUUGCGUCUGAGGUCCCAUGUACCAGCAACAGAAGGGCGUGACUUUGCCGCUCUCUUUGUGCCAGUUACUCGUAGGUUGCAACUUCACUGUUGCAUGUGCAGAUUUUAAAUUUGUGUGCUUGUCUCUCAGACUUUUAAAACCUUAUCUAUGAAAAUAUUCCUGCACAAAUUGUGAUUACACCGACAUUUUCUACAGCUACAAAACUGUUCGACAUGUGCAACAUAUCCCGACGGCUGCUAUACUUAAUUACACAUCCACAAACUAAAUCCUGCUUCUAAGCGCUACACAACUGCAGGCUGUGAAAUUAGUAUUGAAUUCCUACGAGCUCAAAACACUGAUGACCCUUAUUUACCUCCAUAGAUUAACAUCACUGCACUUAAUCAAUCUAAAAUGCCAGAAAACACAUAUUGUUCUCCUCUGUCACACAGCACAAAUAAUUAGUGAGUUGUUGAACAGUACAGUAUAAAACACCCACUGCAUUUUACGAGAGGCUCCACUUCACCCCCUGUUGUCUGGUCUCAUUGUUCCUACAGUUGAUAACUGCCACUCUAUCAUGAUUGCUUUUUGUUUUGAGUGACGCAUUCACCAAUGGAAAUAAUAAUAAUACUACUUAACAGUUGCAUGACAGACGUGCCACUGAAUUGAAUAAUUGUUCCAAAGCAGGACAUCAACAUUUUCUGCGAGUUCAGACUCUGAAAGUGAAAGUGAAGUGAGAGAGUUUGGGAAACCUGAAUAUGCUCGGUCGGUGAGGACUCAAGAUACAGGCACGAACGCUCGAACUGCUUUAACCUGGAGUGGGAAGAAAAAUAUUAUUUGUCGCUCUCCGUUCACCACUGUACAAAGGUUUUCCGAAAUAAGGUCCCAUGGGGGUUUACCAGAAGGUCCCUGACUGCGGCACUUUAUACUGAAUUAUUACCAAGAUGACUGCAGAGCCCAUCACCUGCAAAACUGCCAUUUAACAGGCAGGUAGAGCGUCAUAGUUCGAAGGUGAAGGCUGAUGACCAAAGUGUUGUAUUUGAAAAUCUGUGAGCUGAUUCUUUCGGGGUGUUCAGAGAUGCAUUGGGUGCUGUCAUAAACCAGCCGUCCCACCCUGAGGUCUGCAGAUUCUCAACGCUUUGAAGACGUCCAGGGUAGAGCAAUUGCUGUCAGUCACUGCUGACUAACUGCUGACGAUGGCUCAUGGAGAACGGAGACCAUGUCUAUCCAUCACAACGGCUAAGGUUCCUGCCUGAAGGUGUAUUAAUAAUUCAGUGGGUGGAUCUCAGUCAUCCUAGACAUGAGAUGAGUCCUACCUUCCCGCUUGGCUCUGCAUCAGGUGGGCUGGUAUGAGCUACUCACUCUCCCUCUGGUCAGGUUUAAGGAUCUAGCAGGCAGUUGGCUCACAGCAUCUGCUGCCUUGGCUCGAGGCAGCUCAUGCUGGCCUGUUAGCGUGUGCAUAAUGUACAUAUGUAAAUGUUUCAUUUGCGCUGGGUAGCAGACCUGCCGGCAUGCACUUCAGUGUUUUCUUUGGAGGACUCAUUAGUGUUGUAGUUUUUAGUCUGUUUGGGUGAAGUUAUUGAUGGUUUGUUGCGAGGAAAAGCAGAGAGGGUGGACCCAUGACGUUUGUUUCAGGAUCAAGGCUUAAUGAGGAGCAGGCAAACGCGAAGGAACAUCAGGGAAACAGAACAACAGGCUCCGGGAAACUCGCCACGUGACUCGACAUAGGCUGAACAAAAGACCAGGUUUAAAUACAAACUAAACUAACAAGAGGAUGUGGUGCGGGUGGAUAAAUGGUGGGAAGAGGGAGGGGCUAAUAAAGGUGAUGCAGUGCAGGUGUGGAGGGAAAGCAGACUGGGGAGGAACGGUGUGUGACAUCCUACCGAGAAUGCAGGAAAAAAAACAACCUCUGACACGGAAAAGUGCAAAUAAACGUUGAAUCAGUCGCUCUACUGUGGGCUCCCGUAGACGCUUGUGAAGUUUGCAGACUUGCCAUUCAAACUGCCAUUCAAAUGUGUUUUUGAGCUAAUGCACUGGGAAGCUUUUAGAUUGGAGGCUGGAAAUACUGACUUGCAAUGAAAACGCACCAGCAACACCAGGACCAAGGGUUGGGGUAAUUAAACCGAUACCUGACUUGGCUGCUUAAUUUGACACCCAGUUUUGUAUGAAAUAUGCUGUUUUGAUUUGGGAGUGAGCGAUUAUCGACCUCCUUUAGCGAGUCGAAAUAGUCUACCUACACACAGAUGACCUUGCACAGGUCCCAACGUACAAACAAAUGUAUUAUCCUUUACAUCCUUCUAAAUGCUACAUGCUGGUAUUCAUGGGGACGUGUAGUUUUUGGUCAUUUGUUUUAUUUCACUCAAAUCUGGAAGCUUGUCAGUGAUACAGUGGAUAUUUCCUGUCUGCACUCUGUCUGUGUGGAGGUAUGUCCUCCGUGUUCUCCAUGUGAGCUGCAGGAGUCCCUGCUCCCUGUGGAGCAGAAUGAAAAAAACAGAGGGAAAGAGAGAGAGUGCCUUUUUUGGGGGAGCACUUUUUUUUUUUUUUUUUGCAGAGUUAUGGACUGAGGGAUGAUGUUGCUAGGAGACCCUGACAUCAGCUAUUUGUCCCAGAAUCAUGCUGUAGCCCACGUGCAUUCAGACUCACUCUGUUAGCGUGUGUGUGCGUCCUCUCCCCACUGCAUCUGUGUCCUCGCUCUCUCUCUUCCUCUCUCGCUCUCUCUCUCUUCCUCUCUCUCUCUCUCUCUCUCUUCCUCUCUCUCUCUCUCUCUCUCUCUCUCGUAUAAAGCCGUCAGCAUCUCCGUCGCUCUCUGCUCUCCGUUCGAGUAAAGUCAAGGCUGUCCUCGCAGAGAAGCAAAUUACUGCCAUGCUCGGAGAAUGAACAACGGAUGGUGCCUGAGGGUUUUCUCUUUAUUAUUUUCAUGACACAAAGCUUGGUGUCUACUUUUUGUCAAGGUUGUAGAGCAAACAUCAACUCCCACGUCAGCACAUGUUUUUUUUUUUUUUUCUUUUAAUCAAGCGACUCCUCUGUCCUCCGAAAACAAAAGCCGUGAAUGGAGGGUUACACGCUUGAAGAUGGAGACAAACAGCAGCGGAGCAACGUCAGGUGAAAACAAAAGGAAGCUGCUUGUAGAGUGGAUGUUUUUUUUCCCUCAGCACACAGUCUGUUCCUUGUGAGUCAAGUCCCAGGGCUGCCUGGAGGUUUUCUUAUCCUGCAAGUCGUGCACACAGCAUGCGUUACAGCUCUGCAGGGCGGCACUUCCAAUCCAACCUGAACUGAAGAGAAGAAGCACCGUCUCCCUAUUUUCGUUCUCCUUUUCAUCCCCCCGUGAGCGAUUUUUCUCUUCUCUCUCGCCUUUUCGUUCAUCUUACAAACUUUUCCCUGCUCCCUUUUGCCACUUAGCCUCAUAUUCACUGGUCGUUCUCGCUCCUCCGUUCAUAUCUCUCACCUGACUUUUUCAUUCUUGCCCAUAUAUCCGUCUCCUUUCUCCAUUUUCAACUCUCUCCUUUAUUUAAUCGUGGGCACCCGAGGCUCUCUCAACACCUGCCACUCAGUCCCUUACAAUCCCCCUGCCCAUCCCGUCACGAUGUACCCCUGGAACUCCACCGACCAGGUCUGGAUCAACGGCUCCGGGGCGAACCUCUCUCUGGGAGGUCGCGGGGACGGCGAGGAGGAGGAGGAAGAAGGAGAUCAGCACCCCUUCCUCACAGAUGCCUGGCUCGUGCCCCUCUUCUUCGCUCUCAUCAUGCUGGUCGGACUGGUGGGCAACUCUCUGGUUAUCUAUGUCAUCUCCAAACACAGGCAGAUGAGGACGGCGACCAACUUCUAUAUAGCGAACCUGGCUGCCACCGACAUCAUCUUCUUGGUGUGCUGCGUCCCCUUCACCGCCACCCUCUAUCCUCUCCCUGGAUGGAUCUUCGGCAACUUCAUGUGCAAAUUUGUAGCCUUUCUACAGCAGGUGACAGUCCAGGCCACCUGCAUCACUCUGACAGCUAUGAGCGGAGACCGCUGCUACGUUACGGUCUACCCUCUGAAAUCUCUCCGACACAGAACUCCCAGAGUGGCCAUGAUCGUCAGCAUCUGCAUUUGGAUUGGCUCCUUCAUCCUGUCCACCCCGAUCUUGAUAUACCAGCGUAUAGAGGAGGGUUACUGGUACGGCCCGAGGCAGUACUGCAUGGAGAGGUUUCCCUCCAAGACGCAUGAGAGGGCUUUCAUCCUCUACCAGUUUAUUGCUGCCUACCUGCUGCCUGUCCUCACUAUCUCCUUCUGCUACACUCUGAUGGUGAAGAGGGUCGGCCAGCCCACCGUAGAGCCGGUAGACAACAACUAUCAGGUCAACCUCCUGUCAGAGAGAACUAUCAGCAUCAGGAGCAAAGUGUCCAAGAUGGUGGUGGUAAUCGUCCUCCUCUUCGCCAUCUGCUGGGGUCCCAUCCAGAUUUUCGCCCUCUUCCAGUCUUUCUAUCCAAACUACCGGCCCAACUACGCCACGUACAAGAUCAAGACGUGGGCCAACUGCAUGUCCUACGCCAACUCUUCGGUCAACCCCAUAGUUUAUGGUUUCAUGGGAGCUACUUUCCAAAAGUCCUUCAGGAAAACCUUCCCAUUUCUGUUCAAGCACAAGGUCAGAGAUAGCAGCAUGGCUUCGAGGACUGCCAAUGCUGAGAUCAAGUUUGUUGCUGCAGAGGAAGGAAACAAUAACAACGCAUUGAAUUGAAUCUGAGAAUUAAACAUUUGAAGAAGGGAAUAAUUAUUCGUACCCAGGGCAAUCGAUGUAAGAAGGAAAUUAAAAAUACUGAAGCAAUUCUUAAAUAGAGCAACUGGCUGAUCUCAAAAGGACGGACUCUGUUUGGCAGACACAUUAAAGUUAUGUUAAUGACUGCCACUAAUUACGGAACUGAUAUGGAAAAACACAGACUCAUAAUAUGGAUGGACACUAACAGUGUUAGGAACAAUAUGUUACCUGUUCUGCUGCCAAGGACAGGCAGCGUUGACACACAAUGUCAGCUGCCAAACACCUAAAUAACAGCUGGACAGCUGUACACAAUGAGGCACAUUCGGCCAGUUGGUCAGCUGAUAAUGUAUAUGUAUUUUAAGACAUAUGAGGAUAUAGUAUUUUGGAAAAUGACGAAGGCUGAAUGUGCAUUUUGAAUGGACAUUACAUUCUAGAAUAGGUGCCUAUGGACAUGUUUUUUUUUUCACAUUUAUGUGGGUUGACUUUUGUUCCUAUCACUGGAGAGAAAGAGGAAAAUUCAAUGAGGGACAUUGUACUCUGUAUCUGACACACCAGAAACUGUUAACUCUAUUACAUUUUGUCAAAGGAAUGGUUUGAGAAGUUAUGGUUUCUUUUCUUGUGUUACAUGACAAAAUUGUGACUGCUUUUGUGUUUAAAGGCUAAAACAUGAAGCGAAAAUCUGGAGGAGAUUUGGUUAAUUUAGCAUGAAGGCUGGAAGAAGUAAGAAAAAUAUGCUUACCAGCACCUCUAAAGAUCGUAAACUAACAUAUUCACACACAUAUAGUUUAUAUAAACAUUAGGGGUGCAAAUGAUAAUACAUGCGCCAUUACACUCCAAAUAAACAAAGAACUUGUCAUUUAGUGAGCUUUAGAAAUAUGGUAGGCAUAUUAUUUGGGACUUGGGAAAUAGCCCAGUAAGCUGAUUCUCCAGAUUUCCCUGUCAUGUAUGGAUACCGUGUGUUUUUUGUGCCUAAAGCUAACCACAGCACAGCUUUGUUAGAUAAUAAAACAUGAUUAGUUUGUACUAUGUGCACAAUUAAGCAACCGUGCAGUAGGUUUAACUGAUCUAGAGUUACCAUCUCGCACUGAUCUCUCUUUCCAGCCUUUCUGUAAAGGUAAGCCGAUCUCCGUCUGGCUCCGGCUUUGUAUGUAUGCUGUGUUCAUGUUUUAUUGGAGUUAUUGUAAUUUAGAGUUCCAACUUGUAAACGGUGUUCCGUGUCAAAUUCCAAGUCGUCAUAAAGACCGGGAAUCCUCAUGUCAGCCAAAGUCUGUUGUUAAAUGUAAUUUAAGCCAAAUUCAUUGGAUGUGGUGUUAUAAUGUUGCAGUGUUUUUAAUGCAGACGACCGACUCUGUAAUCAUAUAACCAUCUUUAGUUGUCUGUUGCUGUGGAGGAGUUAAACAGCCAAAAUUAAAAAAAAGUAAAUUAAUAUCACCAAAAUACAAUUAAUUAAUUACAAAAAUUAGCAAAUGGAUUGGUAAAGUAAUGGAAAGGUAAAUCAAUCAAUUCGUGUCACAUUUGAUACAUUCAUGAAUAUAUCAAUGCCUUUAUUUUUAAAAUAUUUUUAGUGUAUUCAAUGGCAUUUUUAUCCAUCUAUUUAUUUAUGAAACCUUCUUUAUUUUUUUAUUUUGGCAGGUUGGGUCUUUUAUAUAUAACAUAGAUUGUACGUAUUUGCAUGACAGCCGCUGUCUCAGUCAUGUUAUGGUUUUUUUUGCUGGUGUCAUAUGUAACAGAGAUGGAGACAGAAGCCUGCCCCUGACAAAAAAGAACGGGACAGGAUGUUUGUUUUCCAACUACAUUUAACCAGCUGUGAAACAGUGGGCUCAGGGUAAGACAGGGUUAAAUUUAUGCUUUUCUGUUUGGUGAGAAUCCAAGGAAACAGAGUCAGCAUCCAGCUGAAUGGGAGUUUCUCUUGCUGCCAAGUGUGAUGAGAGGGAGCUGGCUGAAGCAGAGGUUACGGCUGGUGAAGCAUAGACAGUGUUUACAUUUCUUUUGUGUCUUACACACAGUCCUCACACCUUCCUCGUUACAUGCGCACACACACACACACACACGCACGCGCAACACACACACUGUAGGAACAUGCACGCACGAGCACUUUCACCAAGUGUACCCAGGUGUUGCUUAUUGGAAGACCAGUUGUGACAUCUUUGUGAAACAGCCUUGCAUGGUCUUGUCGGACAGACUGAAUUUCGAAUAGAGGAGCUGACCCAUGGUCAGUGCCCUGCAUUUGGAGGCAAACUUGUCCAGAGAGCAGCUGCCGGGUGAUGGAAAUACAUCCCAUGAUUGUUGAUAAGUUUACAAAGCCCCCGCCGGCUCUCCAGUGUCUAGAUGCACUUCUUUUCUAUCCAUCCCACACAGUGACAUUCAAAAUCAGUACUCCAAUUAUGGCCCAUAGAAAAUCUGCUAAUGCAGUUCUCACUUAAAUGGUAGACACUGUAGGACUUGGCAGUUUUCAGGGUCCAUUUAAAUUACAUCAGCAUGUUCUAAAAAGGAAAACCAACCGAGUCGGCGUAAUUGGGGAUAAAUAGGUGACAUAUAGCUACUCAAGAGUCGUCAUUAACAGAAACAUUUUAGUGGCGAAACCUUUAACUAUGGCCAAGUAUAAGUACCUUAAAGGUAAAGUUCAGUCAUUAUCUUCCCACUAGUGCCGAUGGAAAGUCAUGAGAGGUUCUGAAGUCAGCAAAACAUUUCUGGAGCUUCACAGCGAAACAGCGUUGCAUCCUUCUGCUAAGCAACUGAAGUAGAUGGGGACUUUCUUACAUUUCAGAAGGAAAAAAAUAAAAAACAGAUACAGCUCGUCUGGUGAAGUCGGAAUAUCUGGAAGCCCUGAGAUCCCAAAGAGAUUAGAAAACACAUUAUUUACACCCUAAAUGUGCGAUCAAGCUCCUGGAAACACUUCAGACGGGUUACGUGCUAGCGCUUUUAGCUUAAUAGCUUCAGUGAAGAUUUCUGCUUAGAAAAGGCUAUAAAUACCGCUUUUUUAGAUUAUUUGGGGGCUUUCGUACACUUGGAUUAUGCCAGAUGAGCUGUAGGGAGCCAUUUUAUGUUUUCUUUUUUUCCCCGUUUUUAAAACAAGCCCCCAGCCUCUUCAGCUGUUCAGCUGCAUACUUCCUUCAAGAUAUUAAUGUAGCUUCACUGCUGAAUACAGUUUUGGCACAACAUACCUUGCAUCCACAGCUUUUCUAUUCAAGAUGGAAGUGAAACGAGCUCCAUCACUAAUUACAACUAUAUGUAUAAAAGGCAGUCAGCAAAAAGAGUCGUUGCUCAGUUUCUUCAGAGUAUUCAAUACGGAAUAAAUUACAACGUAAAAAGGGUUUAUUUCUGUCCGUGCGCUGCUCUAAAAAGUCUCUUUUCUAGUCAAUUUAAUGCUAAUGACUGCUUAUUGCUGUUUAAUGGAUGUGAAUUGUGCUGUGUUCUUUCCAUAGGGACUGUUUCUAAUUUCAUCAGGACCAGUUUCACCAGUGAUACUCACGUUGUGUGCUUUGCAUCAACAGUUCGCUCUUCGUACCUAUGCUGUUUUUUCUGAGAUUGUGAUUCUACUACAUCUGUGUUCUGGUUGUUCAGCAGUUUGUUUGUUUUUUCAGUUAAGCUUCAGUCUUGAAGCGACCCUUAAAUGUCUAGGUAAGCCAUUUUUAAAUGAAGAUCAAAAACAACUCAGGGUUAAUGUGAAAUCGUGUCUGUAUUACGUUAACUUUGGAGGGAAUAAUUAAGGGGAACAAUGUUAAACUUAUUUUGUUGGUGCCAGUCAUGAAAUUAUCCGGCAGAUACAUGAUGACAGUUGAUCUGAGUCAAUGCUUGACAUUUGCACAGUGAAUCAUCUGGAAAACAUGCUUUUC